UAAAAAAAAAAAAGGCACUCGUGUCCAGUUGAGGCUUUGUAUGUGAACAUAACGCACAAAGAACUGCGGAAGUAGGCGGGAAAGUUGAAGAUAAAAAGUGUGCCUAUUGUUAACCCAAACCGGCAAUUGAAGCAGUUUUUUUUUUUUUUUUGGUUGAACUGAUCAAAUGGGUAUCAAGGGUUUAACAAAACUGUUAGCUGACAACGCACCUAAAGCCAUGAAAGAACAGAAAUUUGACAGCUAUUUUGGUCGCAAGAUUGCCAUUGAUGCCAGCAUGAGCAUCUACCAGUUCCUUAUUGUGGUGGGAAGAACUGGGACUGAAACGUUAACUAAUAAGGCUGGUGAAGUUACUAGUCACUUACAAGGCAUGUUUACUCGUACAAUUAGGCUUCUUGAAGCUGGAAUGAAGCCAGUCUAUGUUUUUGACGGGAAGCCUCCAGAUUUGAAAAAACAAGAGCUUGCAAAGCGUUACUCAAAGAGGGCGGAUGCUACUGAAGAUUUGGCUGAAGCUGUGGCGGCUGGUAAUAAAGACGACAUCGAAAAAUUCAGUAAACAGACUGUGAAGGUGACAAAGCAGCACAAUGAAGACUGCAAAAGACUUCUAAGACUAAUGGGAGUGCCUGUAGUUGAGGCUCCUUCUGAAGCAGAGGCCCAAUGUGCUGCACUUUGUAAAUCAGACAAGGUUUAUGCUGUUGCUUCUGAAGAUAUGGAUACCCUAACUUUCGGUGCUCCUAGAUUUCUUCGUCAUUUGAUGGAUCCUAGCUCAAGAAAAGUCCCUGUCAUCGAGUUUGAAGUUGCAAAGAUUUUGGAAGAACUGAAUCUUACCAUGGAGCAAUUUAUUGACUUGAGUAUCCUUUCUGGUUGUGAUUAUUGUGAUAGCAUUCGAGGUAUUGGUGGACAGACUGCUCUAAAGCUCAUUCGUCAACAUGGCUUAAUAGAGAAUAUACUAGAGAAUAUAAAUAAAGAUAGAUACCAAAUACCAGAAGAUUGGCCAUAUCAAGAGACUCGUCGGCUGUUUAAGGAACCAGAAGUCUUGACUGAUGUAGAGCAACUUGAUCUUAAGUGGACUCCUCCAGAUGAAGAGGGAUUGAUUACCUUUCUGGUGAAUGAAAAUGGAUUCAACAGUGAUAGAGUGACAAAGGCCAUAGGAAAAAUUAAGUCAGCCAAGAACAAGUCAUCACAGGGCUGGCUGGAAUAAUUUUUUAAACCAGUUGCUAACAUGUAUGCUGCCAGAAGACAGAAUAAAACACUGGGGAAUACUCCUAAAGAAACGGCUAACAAAAAGUCCAAGGCUGGUGGUGGUGGUAAGAAGAAGAAAUAGGUUUUUUUUUUAUAAUUUUUUAUUUUUUGCAUAUAACUUAAAUGUAGAUGGCCAGAGCUACACACAUUGGUUUCUAGCAGUUAUGGUGGAAUAGAAAAAUUAGUCAGAUUAAUUGGUUGUGUUCUUACGAGUUGAAACAUUCUGAGGCAGACUUGAGGAUGUUAAUGUAAGAUUUAAUCUAAAUAUCUAUGUUGCUUCCCAUA